UCCUCGCAGUUUCCUGACCCGGUCUUAACCCGCGCAAAGGAGCCGAGGAGCCGAGUCUGAUGCAGUGUGAUGGCCAUCUGCCCAGAAUUGGCCCAAAUGGACAAAAGCCUUUCUGAUGAGACUGAAACUUUGAAGACCUUUACUGAUGGGGUACAGACUUGCAUUUCAUUCUGCUCCUGUGGAGGACGGCAGUCCUCUCCCCUGACCUCUGAACGCAAACUGGAGAGGGAAAAGCAGACUCUGAGCUUGGAACAAGGAGACACGCAGUCUGAGCUUUUGGACUUCAAAAAUGAUGAAAAGAAGUUGAGUAAAAAAUGGAUCGACUACCUCAAGCACAAAGACUCUAACUUUGAACGGUACCAGCCAGACACCAAACGUCAAACAGAAAUCAUUCGGAUACCCGAUGAAGAAUUGAAUGCCCUGCAGUCCUAUUGCACCAUGAAGAUAAAUUUGAUUCAUUGUAGACGGGAUUCUAAGAGCAGCAGACAUAAAAAGCUGCGUCUUGGAUUGGAUGCAGAGGCUUCAGAGAGAGAUGCCUUAAAUGGUUCUGUCCCUGAUGAACUUUUGAAUAGAAUCUACUUUAAAAACAUGAGGACAACAGCAAUACAGGGUGCAGCAACUAAGCAACAUGUAUCUUCUCAGUGUCCCGCCUGUAACAGGAAAAGAGCAGAGCUGGCCCUGUCUGCCUUCCUGAAACAAAAGAAGACUUUACUGGAGUCACUUCUACUUCAAGAGAAAAUAGAUGAACAUCUUCAUACCAAAGACUUUCUCACUCGCAUUGGAGAAGCACAUCAAGACUUUCCCAGGCUUUCAGAUGACCCCAGAAUAAUCUGGAAAAGACUGACUGAGAAAGUCGUUAUCAGAUACUCUGGUUUAGAAAGAUCAGAUACAGAGCAGAAGAUGUAGCAAGAUGGAAAUAGUGCUUGUCAUUUACUCUUUUCUCUGCCACUUUGCAAGUCACUUACUCUAACCCAACCAGCACUGGUGAUUGUCAAUGAUAACGUGUAAUGUAGAUAUAUGUCUUGGUCAUGUAUUUAAGUAAUUACCAUAAUUUCUACUGGCACUUGAGAAACUAACUUAAGACUGCUAUGCUUCCUUCACAGAUUUGAGGACUAAGAACUUUCUCUUUUUUUCUGAUUAUAGAAAGCGUUGUUGUUGGAAUAGUUACAAAACCUUUACAAAAAAAUCCAAGAGAGAUUCGUUAGUAGUUUGGCCCAGGGUGUUGAUGGUACAGAAGCAAAGUAGUAUGGGGAUGUAAGAGAAACUUAAUAACUGUCUUUGGCAACCAAAUGGUGUUAUUAAUAAAUAGUAUAUGUUGGAAGUGUUA